CACUAAGUGCGGUGCUCAUUAUCCUACAGCUACAUAUUUCAUUGUUUCAGAUAUGGAGACAACUACUGAACAACAGGUGACAGGACUUAGUACUGAUACUGUCGCUUUCAGGGACGCACAUGGUGAAAUUGGCGCGACACCAUGCGCAUACACCCAGGUCCUCAUCGACCCAUUAUGCUCGCAGGAAAGGCCACCUUCAGAGGACCACCAGUUAGGCUGAAGAGUCGCUUGUAUCGCAGCUACCUCCUGACCUCUCUCCUCCACUACUACAGUCGAGUGACCUGAAGGAUUCCGAACAUAAUAUAGAGUCCGUGACAAAUACAUCAGCAAUGUCCGGAAUUACCGCCAACGAAGGGAUUCUUCAAACAAAUAAAACUCUCAAUGCACCUCUCUCUGCUUUUAUAUCACGGAGAGGUACUCCGCAUGUUGAAUUGAACAACACGAGCGACCUACAAAUGAUUCGCUUCCAGCAUAGUGUUGGGACAGUGCAAUCACCUCGACUUCAGUCACGUGAAGUAGAUCACGAAGCGCCGUCGAACACCCCACCAGACAAUGCACGGUCGUAUUCUUUGCCUCCCAGCUCCAGCCCUCCCCAGAUUUUUUCUUCGUCCCCGUUCGCAUCAUCUCAGUCGUCGCUCAUCGAAACUGGAGAUUACAAAGUUGCAGACAGGGCUAUGAGAAUGGAAUCAGACGAUCAGGAUCUCAUCAGUUCUCCGGACGGAGUUUACCCAGAUACCUUGGAGGAAGCAUAUAACGAUCAUGAUGAUACUGAUACAUAUCAACAGCGAGAAAUGCAUGAGCCUCACGAUCUCGCCAUCCAUGGCGGAAGCCCCAAAACAAACGUGGGCGCCUCCAACAUUCAGGAGGUUAAACCAUUGCCGCAGAAGCGAUCCAGGCCGGAAGGAGAGAUUGGUGUCCUUGGUCUGCGUGCCAAGAACCUAUCACAAAGCCCAGAAGAUACGCGGUUGGCUAAACGCGUGAAAACGCGCGAUGGCGGAGGAUAUCUGCCACCAGCUCCAAAGCGCGCCACCUUGGCGUUUCAGCAACGGCAGUUCCGGAAACUCAUCACUCCGUUUCGUUCACCUUUGAUGCCGAACAAGGAUGAGGGUGCGCCAUCAGGCGAUCUGUUAAAGUCCAAGAGUCCUUUGUCGAUUCUUCCCACACCACCGCCAGCUCCAAAAAUACCACUCACACCUCAGAAACAUCACCGUGCCCAUGUAGCUCCGUCCGUUACACCAGCUAAGACCAGAGUUCGCACUCUCAAAGCGGCGUCACAAUUCAAAUCUCCGUUAAGCAUUUCUGCUUCAGCAACGUCCGGAAGAGGAUCAUCAAUUCGACUGACACCUACAGUCCAGUCCCUAGAACGAAAGUUACAACUUCUUAAGCGCGCUGUCAAAGUGAAAGAGGACGAUGAGGAAAAUACACUCAUCAGGCUCAUCAAGAAAUGGACGGAGGCAGGCAGGGAGGUCGCAUAUGAGCUUUGGGAUUUGGUGAAAGGUUCUGCGAACAAGGGAGAUGGUGUUAGUUGGGACGGGGGUAGAGGCAAGAUGGGCUCACGGGACUCGAACUGGGGUUGGGACUCCCCUGGAAUCAAACGCGAAGGCUAUCCGGAGAACGAGAUGGAUACUGCUAUGGAGAAUUCCUUGGACGAAGGCUAUACCAACAAGAUCCUUUCAGAAGAUGAUGAACAAACACGGAACACCAUGGGUACGAUGCUCCGACAGCUUGGAAUCGCUACAGAGACAUUAGGAUGGGAUGAAGAUGCAGAGGUUUUCUUCGAUUAGAGUUAUGUUUUAUUCAGGGUUGUGCUGUUCUACAUCAAGGU